AUGCUCCGCCCUCCCCAGACGUACCAACUCUAUUUUUUAGAGCGCGAUACUUUAGCUCAAGACCCCAUCCGAGCUGACUUUCCGAGGCAGCCCAUCCUUCAGCCUCCGGGACAUGCUCAGCCCGUUUCUUCACGGAAGCGGUUCAAGUGCUCUACGUCUAAGAUUUGGGGGGUGUUGAGAGAAGGCAGCAGAGAAGCAUGGCAAGACUUGAAGGUGACCAAGUGGCACCGGGCUGGCUGGGUGUUCUUCCUGGUCUGGGUCGGCUUCCUGUUUGGGACGUUAGUGUUCUCGACCCCCCAGAAUGACCUGCUCCUGCUUGGUCUGUCAACCGCGCCAUGUCAACCCGACGGUUCAUUGAGCCCCUUUAUGGACACGUAUAAAUGGUGGUCCGCGGAUCAGGUUUUCCAGGUCACUAUUGGGUUUGGGUCCCUUACGUUUGCGCAAGCAAAGGUGGUCGACAUCGUUUGGGAUAUUGCGAGGCCUGCUAACUCCUUUUCCACCAACAAGGCGGUUGGGCGACUUGGGCAAGCGAUCAUGGCCUAUUUUUCGUGGAAGGUAUUUGCCGACUACGUCACGACUUCCAUGGCAGCGUCUCCGACCACAUAUUCGACUUAUUGGAUUAUAUAUCUAUGUCAAGAGCCUUCUGUGGCCUCUUGUCUCCGACUUAUGCGCGACUUUUGGAGACGUCGUGUUUUGAAGUCGAAGCCGGCAAUGGCUUUCAUCUUGUUGGAAAUAGCAUAUCUCUUGUCGUUUCCAACUCUAGUUGGCGCUAUGACCGGCUACACCACAGCUAACCAAUCCUUUGUCACGGGAGUUGACUCGUCGUUGAUUCCAUUCUCGGACUUCAGUGAAAUACAGUUCAUCAUAUACGAUGGCUCCAGGAUUGGGCUGUUAGAUAACUAUAUGGUUACUUAUUUUAGACGUAAAGGUAAGCCAUCUGUGACUUUGUGA